AUGAGAGAAAACCACAGCGCCUUUCACCGAAUCUGGUUCCGGCCCCAAGUCCUCGUCGAUGUCGAACACGUCGACUUGAGCACCACGAUGCUCGGCACCCGAUGCUCGAUCCCGUUCUACGUCACAGCCACGGCGCUCGGUAAACUAGGCCAUCCCGAAGGCGAAGUCGUGCUCACCCGCGCGGCCCACACGCACAGCGUCAUCCAGAUGAUACCCACGCUGGCGUCGUGCUCGUUUGACGAAAUCGUCGACGCCAGACAGGGCGACCAAGUUCAGUGGCUUCAGCUCUACGUAAACAAGGACCGCGAAAUCACCCGCAAGAUCGUGCAGCACGCCGAGGCCCGCGGCUGCAAGGGCCUCUUCAUCACCGUCGACGCGCCGCAGCUGGGCCGCCGCGAGAAGGACAUGCGUACCAAGUUCACCGAGCAGGGGAGCAACGUGCAGUCCGGCCAGGACACGGACAACUCGCAGGGUGCGGCGCGCGCAAUCUCCAGCUUCAUCGAUCCGUCGCUCAGCUGGAAGGACAUAGCCUUGUUCAAGAGCAUCACCAAAAUGCCCAUCAUCCUCAAGGGCAUCCAGCGGGUCGAGGACGUCAUCCGCGCCAUUGACGUUCAGGCCGACGGCGUCGUCCUCUCCAACCACGGCGGCCGCCAGCUCGACACGGCCCGCUCAGGCAUCGAGAUCCUUGCCGAGACCAUGCCCGUCCUGCGCGCCCGCGGCGUCCAGGACAGCAUCGAAAUCUUUGUCGACGGCGGCAUCCGUCGCGCGACUGACAUCAUCAAGGCCCUGUGUCUGGGUGCGUCUGGCGUCGGCAUAGGACGCCCCUUUUUGUACGCCAUGAGUGCCUACGGCCAGGACGGCGUCGAAAGGGCCAUGCAGCUGCUCAAGGACGAAAUGGAAAUGAAUAUGCGCCUGAUUGGCUGUGCCAGCGUGCAGGAUCUGAACCCGAGCCUGGUCGACGCCAGGGGUGUGUUUGUGCAUUCGAACUCAACGGCCGUGGAUUCCUUGUCGCAGACCGUGUAUGAUCCGCUGGUUGUGCCAUCGCAGAGAACCAAGCCCAAAUUAUAA